CCAUUCAAAGUCUUAAAGCGCUUUGGUUACAGCUGGUUGCCUGGUUCAGCUUCUCCUCUCUCUGCCAUGGAAACUGUUACUGCAACUUCUUCACCUACAAUAACAUUUCCAAGCUCAAAUCUUUCAUCUACGAAUAUACUCAAAAAGUAUUCGAAAUCGACGGUUACUCUUAUCAGCAGGAAGGGGAUUAACCGUCCGAUUAAAACCACAGCGAUUAGCGAUGUUUCAGCUUCAGCGAAUCCUGCUGAAGCAGAGGUCACUUGGCAAAUCAUUGUAGGAGCUAUAGCUGGGAUUACACCAUUUGUGGUAGCCGGGAUUGAAUUCAGCAAAAGAAUUAUGGCACAAAGAAGAUGUGAGGUGUGUGGAGGCUCAGGACUAGUUUUACGUGACAAAAAGUACUAUUUUCGUUGUCCUCGAUGUGGAGGGUUUCUCCCAUGGCAGUCAUGGAAAAGGUUUUUCUCUGGCUGAAAUUUCUCAUUAUCAUUCAAUAUUAUUGUUAGAAAAUCCAGCACAAAAACUAUAUUGUCCGCUUUAGGUCGUCGUCAUUGGUUUUUAGACUUAGAAAACGCGCUGAUUGUGUGAGAGGGACUGAAUCUUAGCUUAUAUGUUACUCGGUUGGGUUAUGUCAAUCCGAUGUGGGAUAAAGUCUUAACAAUUAUAAUGUUACAAGCCGAUGCUUUAUGUUGAUUUACAUUUGUUGUA